GCUUUUGCUAGGAACAAUGAGGGAAAGGAAAAGACAGUGUGUAUGCAGUGCUGGGAGCAGCACUAGGGAUGGCCCAGAAGGAGAGGCACCUGAUUAAACAAACAAAGAUGAAAUGUUUAAAUCCUUGCAAGAACAAUAACAAAAAAAUCCCUGCAGAGCCGUCCGACUGAUGAGCAUAAUACCACUCAGUGACUCCACUGCUCUGUCUGUGUCUGCUCUGCCUGAUGCGCUGGACUGACAGACUAUUUUACAGUCUGAAUUAGAGGAAGGAGGAUAAGGUUCUCCUGACUGGACAGACUGGGAUUCUGUCCCAUAUAGUGAAGCGGGAUUUACAAGUUCAGCCAUGGUCAUUUACUCAGCAGGCUGCUUAUUGGGCAGGGAUUUCGGAUCCCUUGGAAAGCAGGAUCUUGUACAUACUGAGGCUCUGACUAGGAAGUGUUUGACCCAGGGUUUGCAGAAGGCUGCUCGUCUUCCAUUAAUGCAUGCUAGGUGUGUAGUCCCUCAACAGCCUUCCCAGAUGCUAGUAAUUGCUAACCUCAGGAGAAUGACUCACUGGAUUUGGGGCCUGUCUGAUUCCUUGAAGCUGUAUGUAGCACAGCUACAAAACCAUUUGUGGGACACAGUAGCACAAGGAAAGAGAUGGGCACGAGGAGGAGGACCCAUGACAUGGGGAGAGGAAGCCUAAGAGGUAAUAAAUAAUGCAAAGAGGAUGGGAGUCAUGGGGGGAACUACAAAAUCAAAAACAACUGUCCGUAGUGUGGAACAGCAGUAAGAGAGACCUCCUCACAAGAACCUCAGGGGCAAAGAGAAACCUACUGUGGGCUGAAGGAAUGGAAACAGGAGGAGUUUGUACUCUUCCUCUGUGGAUGUAUAAUCUUGUCUCAGCUGGGAAUGUGAAUGGUCAACCCAGCCUGGCAUGAGAACUCAUCACUGGUUUUAUCCAAAUCUGGACUCAAACAAACCAGUGUCUUUGUGCAGACUUCCUCGUGUCCACAUCAGCAGGUCUUAAACUCACCGUCAUUUGAUUAAAUUUCUCAUGAAUUUUACAUCUGAAACUAGAAGCACUGAGCCAGAAGUGUAUUCAGUAUACACCUGGGAAUGAAAAGUGUUUGUGGGAGGCUGACUUACUCCCGCUCCAGAACUACACGGGGACGAUCUGGUCCAAAUCCUCUCCAGCAGCCUACCAUUUUCCCGUCAGUACAACCUGGAAAGACAUGUGGAAUGCUAUCUACUGGAAUCUGUAACAGUAGAAAACACUGCAAUAAAAUUAAAAAUACACCUUUGACUUAGAAAGCCACACUACAUAAAACAGCACGCAUUAAUACUGUAGCCCAACUCAGUCUGCAUUUUAAACACAGAAGUCAUGCUUAGGAUGUGUUAUUCUGUACAGGAAACAUAGCUGUAUCUGUCAGGAGAUAGGAUCAAUGGGAUUUCUGUUGUUUUCCAUCCUGAUACAGUUCAGUCUGUGGUGAGGCUUGAGAUUCCUUCAAUGUGUACAGCUGAGUAUGAAGACAAUAUUGCACAUCCAAACCACCUUUUCAGGACUCUGUUUGGAAGUUACUCCUUAAUAAGGUGCUCAAGAAGUUCUUCAGAACUCAGAAAGGUCAAGCAGAUUUUUCUUGCGUCAUCAGAGGUGCUUUGUGAGGUCACAGUGGGCCCCGUGAGGACAUUCAGGAACCCCAUAUACGUCAUGCCAGGAGGUGCCACUUGGGCCUCAAGCCUGCAUGGAGGGUGCUUGCUGGUUGUGGACAAGAGGUAGCAUGGGGCAACUACGGGAGACAGCUGCUCCCAGCUGUUGCUUUUUGUUCUUCCUUCUCCUCUUCCUGGUGGCUCCGUGUCAUGGGCAACCCCAGGAUGUCGCGUGGGGAGCACUGAGUCCAGAUGAUCGUGCUGGCGACAUGUAUGCAGCAUACCCCAUGGAAGCUGAUCUGGAACGUGGCGAGGAUCCCAGAGAUCUGCCUGUAGGCCGCAUAUCUGGGCUGCACCAUUUUCAUCGGCCUCAAGCCUACCGCGGGGCUGUUGCACCUAGGAUUCCUUCUUCCCGUUCUCAGAUGGAUCUUGGUUUUGAGCCUGAAGAGUAUCCCAGAGGUGCUGGCGGUGUGAGACCUGCAGGGAGCAUGGAUCAGAAACAGGGAGAAAAUCACCUUGCAGUUGGGGUGCUUGCCAUCCUGCUCUCUCUGGUCAUUCUGGCUGCUUUGGGUUACCUGGCAAAACAGCUGCUGAUGAAGAGACAAGCAGGAGCAAUGCUAGGUGAAACUGGCAUUGACAUGAGAAACAAAGACCUGCCACCGCUAGAAAAAGGACAAAACGUUGCAAGAAUUACCAUAGGAAUUGAAGAUCUUACUGGGAAGUCAAACCCAAAUCUGGAGGGUGUUCUCUAUUCCACUUUCUCAGGGCUCGCUGCCUUACUCUGCCAGUCCUCACAGCCAUCCUCUCAGCCUGUCUUUUGCAGGCUGUCAGAAAUCACUGAUGACUCCUGCUCGGAUACAAGCAAAAAGACACCAAAGUCAGGAGAAGAGAGAAGUACGUGCUGCUGUGGAAGAGCGGUGGAACUGGGUGAACCAGAGAAGCCCUAGCGGACCAAGAAUGUCAAGAUCAGCACCGCUGGGGAGCUGUGGACCGCUGAAGAGAACAUGCAGUGUCCCUGAGAAAAAUACAUCAGAUAAUCUUGAAAGAGAGUCUCGGCAAUGCAGAGCAAUAGGGAACGUCCUUACAUCCCUCCAUCACUUUGUCUCUCCCUCCCAGAAGCGAUGUGGGAAGGACUGGAGUGUUUGGGGAACUGUAGUUCUCCCUUAGAAGCUUUCCCAAUUCCAUCAGUUCAUUGCAUGAUGUCCACACUUAUGGACGACCAUGACAGCGUUCACCACCUAUUCCGUAUCAUGACAUCAUGCCCAAGUUGUACAACACAGAUACAUGUAUCUAUACGGUCAAUAAACUAUACUUAACAUUAUAUACAUAUAUGUGUAUAUAUGCGCACAUACACCUAAAACUACUGACUGUUCUCUCCCGUCAUCGAGUCUCCUUCAGGUACACACUGAAUGUCCCUGUUUCUUCUUUUGCGUUUCCCACCAAGUCCCUGAGCAAAAUCAGUCCCACAGGUGGGCUUGCUUUUGCCCGAGGCCAGGAUAACCCAAACCAUUUUCCCUUGUAAAUUCUUCUUAUGUACUGCAGGGACUCCAUCCCCUCGUACAGUACAUAAGGGACUGGAUUGAGCAGGGCCAUCUCGACUGGCAGAUCCCAGAGUGUUGACUAAGGAGGUGGCUUGUGAUAAAUGUUUAUCACACAUAACGUUGCAGUAGUGUCCACGGUCAAGCCCACCCCUCUAUCCUGAGCCCAUCCCUACGUUACACACCUUCUUUGAUGGCCUCUGGUGUCACGAGGCCACUGAGCUAGAAAUAGCUUUCUGUUAUGUUGCUGGUGCAGAUCUACGAGAGCACGAGACAGUCGACACAUCUGUGGACAGUUUCACAUUUGAAAGCAUUUCUUUGGCGCUGUUUGCUUUCAAACGGGAAGGCCCAGGAGUGUUUCCUGGCUGAAGACUGGCUGGUGCACCACUACCUAAGAUCAGCACUCCCUGACACCAAGGCAGUGCUGGAUCAAGGAGUGGCUAACUGCUUUGCUUUGCUGUUGCUAGGAAAAUUUCUGCUCCAAGAAGCUUGCUUGAUCGUCUUUAUCCCACAAAGAGACAGAGGAGAGGCCUCACCUUUCUUUAUUCCGAUGAUGGGAGAGUCCACUGGGGCAUAAUGAAAUGCUUUACACUGCUUCUGGGUGGAAUCUUAGGUGAAGCUGCCACUGACAUGAGAAGCAAAGGCCCUGCUCCGCUAGAAGAAUAGUCAAAAUCAAGAAUUACCGUAGACAUUGAAGAUCUUUCAUGCAAGCCAGACCCACAUCUGAAGGCUAUUCCCAAUGCCACGUUCUCAGCACACUCAGCCCUGUUUUUUCCAUCCUCACAGCCGUUCUCUCUGUCUGACUUCGAUAGGCAGAAAAAAAUUGCUCGGUGAGCUCUUCUGCUCAGUUGUAAGCAAAGAGACGCCACAUGUGGGAAAAGAGAGGAGAAAUGUGUGCAGCUGUGGAAGUACAGUGAAGUGGGGUCCACCAGCUACCCACUAGCAUACGGGAACCAACCCCACGGCAGCAUGGCAAAUGUCAGAAGACACUGUCCUCUUUCAUCACCGCCAAAUGUGCAGAGGAGGUCCACACAUAACGUGUUUCCCACAUCCAUUGCCUAAAGGAACGUGUCUAAGCCAAAGAGAAGGUUGCCCAGGCAGGAGCUGACAGGAAUUACUGAUCCAGCUUUGGCCUGCUUGGAGUAUGUUCCCUCUCAGUCCUUGAUUUUCCACGCCAUAACUUCCUGGUCUGUGUAGGCAGGGUGCGUCCAAGGAAGUUGCAGAGGCUGCCUUGCAAGCCUCUCUAGAGGCUCCUAAGGAGUGAGAUUAGCCAGCCAUUGACUUAGGGGGAUGGGAGCCUCUGUUGCAGGUGCCCUUUGCUGUGGGAGAUUCAGGCACCCCUUUAGCCACUGUUUGGGAGAGACCUUGAUAAGCUGUGUCCACAGCCCAUCUCUGGCCUGGUUUAUCAGCUAGGGAGAUUUGUUGCCCGCUGGAACCCCAGCAAGGUCUGCAGCAAGGAAGCACUGUCGGGCCGUGAGCUCAACACAGAUGCAAGACUGCCGUGGUCAGAGAGCCUACCGGGGGAGAAGCCUCGCUAGACCUGCUGUUCAUAAACUGCAAAGGGCUAGUGGGAGAUCACAGAUGAUAGCAAGAGGUGUGGCAAUGAUGUCAGACAAUUUUUUCAGGUCCCAUAGACUUCUAAAUACUGAGUUUGUACAAAUGGUCCCUAUCAGCUCUCCUCUACUGUUGCUAAGAAUUGUGUAUCCACACGUCCCGUUCUUCUAAAAUUUCUGAUAAAUUGUGCUUUAAGUGAGCAUUUCCUGUCAUCAAAUCUUUUUAUCCAAAUACAACUUUUCAUUUCUACUUUCAUUAUAUUCUCAUUAUGAUUAUAUACUUCACUUGUUAGAGAGGAUUUCUGUACCAUUUGACACAAGUACAGUGCAGCUGCAAACAAACAAACAA